AUGCGGGACAAUCUUGUAUUUUCUGGAAUUCAUGAAGAACGGGGUAAGAACACAGAGGAGAUUUUACAAGAAUUCAUCAAAAGGAAAUUCCGCAUUGACUACGACAUUAGCUUUGAACGGGUGCAUCGCAUGGGAAAGUUGUCUGAGCAUAACCUAUACCCCAGGAACAUUGUGGCUAAGUUCACAUACUUCAAAGAGAGAGAGCUGAUCCGGACGCGUGCCCCUCAGAAAUUAAAGGGGUCUUCUGUGUGGGUCAACGAGCAAUUCCCGCCAGAGAUUGAGGAAAGGAGGAAGAAGUUGUACCCGAUCAUGAAAUUAGCGAAGAGGGAUGGAAAGCGUGUGCGACUGGUCAAAGACUUGUUAUACGUCAACGGAGAGUUAUAUGACCCAGAAAAGGACGUAUCCACCCAGCCGGAACGGCUGCCUUACUCCCGAGUAGUAAACACUGGUAGCCGCCAACCGCAGAAAAGACCGCGCCACGGAUCAACGCCUGACCGGGUCAGAUAG